UUGUCACUUCUGGAAAGAUUUCUUUUUUGUCAAAUAUUGGACGAGCUAAGAUUUGUGCUUAAUAAAUUUAUUUUACACAAAAAUCAGGAAAAUGGAAAACGACGCUGGUGAUUUUGUAGAUUUAUAUUGCCCUAGAAAGUGUACUGCAAGCAAUAGAAUUAUACAUGCAAAAGAUCAUGCUUCCGUUCAAUUAAAUAUUGUGGAUGUAGAUCCAGUCACUGGACGUAUGACGGACACAAAUAAAGUGUAUGCUAUUUGUGGUGCAAUCAGGCGAAUGGGAGAAUCCGAUGAUUGUAUCGUUAGAUUAGCUAAAAAAGAUGGUCUUAUAACUAAGAACUUUUAAUUUUGAAUUUUAAGGAUACAAUAAUUCCUGUGCUAAUUCAUACUAUGGUUUAUACAUAUUUGGAAAUUAUGUAAAAUUUUUUUAAAUUGUUAAAAGAUCAACAGCAUAAAGGCACAUUCUGAAAAAAAAAUUGUUUAUUGUAAUUUAUC